AUGGUUCUUCUUGAAAAGCUUUGGGAUGAUAUUGUCGUCGGACCUCAGCCAAAACGCGGCCUCGGCAGGCUUAGAAAGGUGUCUCCUAAGUCCUUGAAUGUAAAAGAAGGGGAAGGAAAGUUGAGCAAGUUGGCGAUGUCGAUGAGCCCGAGAACACCAGAAACCCCAGACACACUAGUAUCUGCUCAUGCUAAAGACAACGUUUGGAGGAGUGUUUUCCACCGUGGUAGCAACCUUGCCUCCAAAUUCAUAGGUAACCAAGUUUUCGACGAGCCAUAACCCAACUCUCCCACUAUCUAUGACUGC